GUAACAUACCUAGGCUUGAAGGAGCAGCUCCACCAGCAUCUUUUAGCCUUUGCCUUCCAAGCACCGUUCAUCUUUUCCAUCUAUAAAAUUGAAAACAGUACAGGAUGGUCCGACCUUCGCUCGACACCCUCAAGCCCACCACCAUUAAGUUCCUUUGUAGCUACGGCGGCAAAAUACUUCCCCGCUAUCCCGACCGCAAACUCCGUUAUGUCGGUGGCGAAACCCGUGUUCUCGCCUUCGACCGCUCCAUCUCUUUCUCCGAGCUGUUGAUGAAGCUCGGGGACAUGUGUGCCACUUCGGUAAGCCUUCGUUGCCAAUUGCCCACUGAGGACCUUGACGCUCUGGUAACGAUCACCUCCGAUGAGGAUCUCGCAAAUCUCAUCGAGGAAUACGACCUAGCGGCGUCGCCACCGUCGUCUCUGAAGAUCAGGGCAGUCCUGUCGCCACCCAGAACUGCCAAAAAAACCAAUUCUCCUCGUCCUUCAUCAUCGCCGUCGGCUUCCUCUUUAUCCAAAUCUUCGUCUUCAUCCACUUCGUCGUCUCACAGUCCCACCGGUUCCACUCAGAGGUUUUCGGUGCCGGUUGCCGAUACAUGUUUCCGCCAGAUGUCGCCACCGAUGGCGUAUCAGAGAUCUGCCCCGAAAAUUCAUCCUCACUGUGCUUACCAUGCUCAUGGAAACCCAAGGCAGACCUAUCUCGUCCACAACGGGAAUUACUGGCAAGAGCCCUAAACCAAUGGCACAAAAGCACAUCCUUGCAAACACUAAACAAAUCUAUAAUGGAGAAAAAAAAAUUACUAAUCCAAAUAGAAAGACGAACACAAAAAGAUCCCGAGUUUCAUCUCCACAUACAUAUAUAUAUAUAUAUAUAUAUUUGUGUUAUGUAAUGGGACUGUAAAUCGACGAGAAGGAUUGCUUUUUGAAUCCGUCGCCAUUAAUGAAUUUCAGUCCAAUUUCGUUA